CGCUCUCACUUCUGUAAAGACGUGGUUGAGCGAGAACUUCUCCAUGAAAGACUUAGGGGAUGCUAGUUAUGUCCUUGGCAUAAGAAUCUACCGAGAUAGAUCAAGAAAGUUAAUAGGUCUGAAUCAAAGUACAUAUAUAGAUAAAAUCCUUGAUCGAUUUAGCAUGUCUAACUCAAAGAAAGGAUCUUUACCUAUGACACCUGGCACGGUUCUUUCCAAGAGCUAGAGUCCUUCUACUCCCGAGCAAAAGGAACUCAUGAUGAAGGUUCCAUACGCCUCUGCGAUUGGAUCCAUAAUGUAUUCCAUGAUAUGUACUAGACUUGAUGUCUUAUUCGCUUUAAGCAUGACCAGCAGAUACCAAGGAAGUCCAGGAGAAGCACACUGGGCAGCGGUCAAGAACAUCCUCAAGUAUCUUCGCAAUACUAAGGAUGCAUUCCUGGUAUACGGUGGUGAGGAAGAGCUAAAAGUGGUCGGUUACACUGAAGCUAGCUUCCAAACCGACAGAGACGAUUCAAAAUCACAAGCAGGAUAUUUGUUUUGCCUGAAUGGCGGAGCUUUUAGCUGGAAGAGCUUCAAGGAGGAUACAACCGCCGAUUCGACUACAGAGGCUGAGUACAUAGCUGCCGCCGAGGCAGCAAAAGAAGCUGUUUGGAUCAAGAAGUUCAUUACUGAACUUGGAUGGUAUGUUUUGGGGCGUUACAAGAACAUCCUUAAGUACUUCCGUAGGACUAAGGAUGCCUUCCUGGUAUAUGGCGGAAAGGAAGAGCUUAGUAUUGUCGGAUAUACCGAUGCCAGCUUCCAAACUGAUAGAGACGACUUCAAGUCGCAGGCAGGGUAUGUGUUUUGUUUGAAUGGCGGAGUUGUUACCUGGAAGAGUUACAAGCAAGAUACUACGUUUGAUUCCACUACAGAAGCGGAGUACAUGGCUGCAGCAGAGGCAUCCAAGGAAGGUGUGUGGCUCAAGAAUUUUAUUACUGAGCUUGGAGUGGUUCCUAGCAUCAAGAACCCUAUACCGUUGUUUUGCGACAACAAUGGGGCAAUUGCACAAGCGAAAGAACCUCGGUCUCACCAAAAGACCAAACAUAUCGUUAGUGUUGGAGUUGGUGCCCUUAUGGCCAACUGCUGUUGUAAAGGCAGAUGCAUUAAGUUUACAAACAUCUCAUGCUAAUAGGGCGUUUUCGGCCAAGUAGAGAGAGAAAGAGGAAAAACAUUUUAAGUUCCAAAGUUAUUAUUUUGGGUGUAGAAAAUUGAUAUAAUAUUUUCUUUAAAAUAUUAUUCAUAUAUUUUCUACUAUUUAAUAUACAAGAUUAAUAUUAUCCCUCUUAAAUCUUUAUAUUUAAUAUACUAUUAUAAUCUUUACUAGCAUAAAGAUUAUAGUAGACUCCGGAGAUUGUUCGUGUGUCAAAGUUGGAGGCCGGAUGCUUGAACGGCUACGUUUGCUCCUUCAACACCUUUUGCUCGACUUCUCGUUCAUACCGCUUUACCGGAGAAGGUAUAAGUUUCUAUCUCUAGCUAUAGUUUUAGUACGUGUUCUUGGGCUAGUAAUCACUUUUGGGAGAUUAAUUUUUGUAUUUCCGCUGCCCUCCCAACCGUGGUUACCUUUCAGUUAGACGAUAUCACAUCAUACGAGAAGUCGUUGCACGUGGGGACGUUGAGAUUUGCAAGAUAGGUACAGACGACAAUAUCGCGGAUCCGUUGACAAAGGCUUUGGGAAAGCCUAAACACGAGAGUCAUACGUGGUCCAUGGGCAUUCGAGAAAUGCUUGAUUGGCCUUAGGGCAAGUGGGAGAUUGUUGUAUUUAGGUGCCCUAGCGGCAAUCAAAUACCUAUGUAACUGUACACUUUAUCAUGAAUGAAAGGCCUUGAAGUAU